CCAACCCCCUCAAGAUAUUCAUGGAUGGAUGAAAGGAGCAGGAAAUGACCUCCCACUCUGUGACCACUUUCUUUUUGGCCAUGGAGGAAGCCUUGUUGCCCCUGGCUGUGACAUCUGACCCCAGGCCCUUUAAUCAACAACUCCCAGAGCCUCCAGAACCAAGUUGUGUUUUGGAACCCCAGGACAAUCCUGAAUUGGCACCUGCGCUGGUGUGUGCCCUUUGCUGCUGUUUUGGAAUCAUCUACUGCUGCUUUGGCUACCGCUGCUUCAAGGCAGUAAUGUUUCUCUCGGGCCUGCUGUCAGGAGCUCUGGUGAUCUUCCUGCUGUGCCACAAGGAGCGGGUGCUGGAGACACAGCUGAGCCUGGAGGUGAGCGCAGGCAUCGCGCUAGGCAUAGGAGUCCUCUGCGGCCUGGUCACCAUGCUGGUUCGAAGUGUUGGGCUCUUCCUGACUGGUCUCCUGUUAGGCCUGACCCUGGGUGCCGGUGUCCUCCUGGGUACUGAGCCCAUCUACCAACCACCUUCAGCCUGGGUGCCAGGAGGGGGGCUGGUGGGGCUGGCACUGCUGGGAGCCUUGCUUACACUUCGGUGGCCACGUCCAUUCACAACUCUGGGCACAGCCUUGCUGGGUGCUGCAGUGCUGGUGGCCUGUGCUGACUACUUCCUGGAGGGACUAGCACUGGGCAGUCGGUUGGGCCAACGCCUUCAGGCACUUCCAGCCUUGCCUCCUCUCUGCUGGUAUAGCUGGGUCUUACUGGGGACCUGGCCAACCUUGGGGGCCCUUGGGGCUCUGGCCCAGUGGAAGCUCAUGGCUGAGGAACAUGGAAGCCACGACAAUGUGGUCUUGAGCCACCAACGGAGGCAUCUCCAACUGCUUCGGAUCCGUCAACAAGAGGCCAAGUGGCACCGGACCCCUUCUGGGAUGGGGCUUUGUGAAAGCAGCUAUCGGUGCCAGCCCCCCCACAAUGCCCGGAGCCCUGCUGACAGUCUGGCUCCAAGUUAUCUCCAAAGUCUUCGAGAGCACCAGUUGGGACCAAGCCCCCAGGCCACAGCCCCUCACACCAUCCUGGACCUGGAUUCUGAUUGUAGUUCCACUGUACCUCUCACCACACCAUCUGGUUCUACCCAGACCUGAGCCUAAACCUCCACUUUUGCCCCCACCACUAGUGAGGGCCUAAGAACACUAGGUGGACUUAAGCCCACAAAAACCCCACUGAAAAUUCCCCACCUCCUGGACUUGGGGAUAGGA